AAAACAAACUUUUUGAGAUAACAGUAUAAUUUUUCGAAACAAUAUUUUGUUAAACUACAAAAAUGCCGUGGAGCUGGGAAUGCAGAGCGAAGCUUAUCAAACAACUGCCCUCGAAACCGGCCGAGCAUCGGCGGCCAGUGGCAGGCGAGAGGGCAUCUCCAGGGCCCAAUCAAUACGAGGCACCGCAAAUAUUUUGUGGCAAUGGUUACUCGAAAAUAAGACGCUCUCCAGCAUACACCUUCGGUCAUCGGACACGAUCGAGUUUCAGCAAACCUGUCACUACACCAUUUGCCCCCAUGUUCAACUGUCGGGGCUUAGGGACCAAAGGUCAAUAUAAAAUCAGUCAUUGCGUCGUCACACCACAUAUUGAACCUCCAUGCAAUAGGCUGAAAAUACCAGGACCGGCCACAUACGCACCUACAGCCGUGACUCGUUACAAGCGACCCCCAGCGUACAGCAUACGGCCCGCAGCAAGACAACCGUACCAACCUUGGGAUCAGUGGACACCUCCACCCAAUAUGUACUACCCACCAAUACCUAGGGCAAAAGCGCCAGCAUAUACUCUCGGUUACAUGGAAAGAAGCUUAAAAUCGCAAAAUCUCCCGGGUCCCGGCGAGCACGAACCGAACUUUGACUACGUCAAGAAAAAUAAACCUGCAUUCUCGUUUGGUACCCCAUUCAGGCGUUUAAUACCGCCGAAGACGCCCCCACCGAAUGCUUACUGUAAGAAAAAGUUUAUGGUAACGAAGAGAACAAUACCGGCUCCGUCGUUUGGUAUACGUCAUACGCCUUAUUUGGGGCGUCAUGAAGUACCUUUGAAAUCAUCUAAAUUAGAUUUAAUAUUAAACGACGCUCAUUAAAUUAAUUGCAUUUUAUUAACAAUUAAGUUAGAUAAUUAUAUACGUAAUUUCUUGUAAUUUUAUUUAUGUACCUACCCGGCUUAUUUAUUAGGGUAAUAUUUCUUUGAUUUUAUGUACUCGCAUG